GCGGCGGCGACGGCGGCGGGAGGUUCGGUUGUCGCCCGUUGGCCGCGCGGCGCCGCGCUCGGCGGCCGCCAUUGCAGCUUGUUUCAGUUGCUUUUUAAAGACGGAAAGCUCAUGGUGCAAAUUGUUAUUUCCAGUGCGGGGGCUGGAGGCCUGGCAGAAUGGGUGCUGAUGGAGCUACAGGGGGAGAUCGAGGCUCGCUACAGCACCGGAUUAGCUGGAAACCUCCUGGGAGACCUACAUUACACCACUGAGGGAAUCCCCGUGCUGAUCGUGGGGCAUCAUAUCCUGUAUGGGAAAAUCAUCCACCUGGAGAAACCUUUUGCAGUCCUUGUCAAACACACUCCAGGGGAGGACUGUGAUGAGCUUGGCAGCAAGACUGGCACCCGGUACCUGGUGACAGCACUCAUCAAAAACAAGAUCCUUUUCAAAACCCGCCCUAAGCCCAUUAUCACCAACGUCCCCAAGAAAGUAUGA